AAGAUUAUGGCAACGUCGAAAAAUCGAUGGUUCAGUCUUAAGAUGGAUAAGGAAGAUUUCAGAGACGGUUUGGAAUUAGAACUAAUGUGGGUAACGCGUAUCACAUUAUUUUACGAAAAAAAUGUCUUGGAGGUGAAAACAAAUACAAAUAGACUUUUAGAGCAACUCUACGAAUUAUGCUAUGCACGCGAAAAAAAUCCUAACCAUUCAUUUUUCUUCCUCGGCGUGAGGGGCAGGCAGGUUGUACGUUUUCUUGGGUAG